AGUUGUGAGGCGGGGCGGUGUCUGUGCGGCAGCGCGGUGGGGUCGAUAUGGCGACCGAGGGAGAUGUGGAGCUGGAAUUGGAGACUGAGACCAGCGGUCCGGAGCGGCCUCCUGAGAAGCCGCGGAAGCACGAUAGUGGUGCUGCAGACCUGGAGAGAGUCACCGACUAUGCAGAGGAGAAGGAGAUCCAAAGUUCCAAUCUGGAGACGGCUAUGUCCGUGAUUGGAGACAGACGUUCCCGGGAGCAGAAAGCCAAACAGGAGCGGGAGAAGGAACUGGCAAAAGUCACCAUCAAGAAGGAAGAUCUGGAGCUCAUAAUGACAGAGAUGGAGAUCUCACGAGCAGCAGCAGAGCGGAGCUUGAGGGAACACAUGGGCAACGUCGUAGAAGCUCUUAUUGCCCUUACCAACUGAUUUGUGCUUUCUCAGACCCAUCCACUGGAUUAACUUAUUGCAAUAAAAGUCUUUUUUUUUUUUGCAGUUUUAUCAUUUUGGGUCAAGUGCAAUGUAUAUUAUGUUGUAUUGUAGGAAAUUUACUUGUUGGACUAUAACCAAAUUUAAGUGACCCCUUACACACCAGUCUUUAAUGAACCUAUGUAAAGUAUCGUCAGUGUAGAAGAAUCUCCUGAUCAGAUGCAGAUGCUAGGUGGCAGGUCAGGCUCAAUCAUCAGAUUAGAUGUUAUGCAACAGUACUGAAGGAAUAUCUGGAGUCUCAACAAAGGUACUGUACCCCAGAGCAUAUGUCCCUAGAGUAGCUUAUAAAUAGCCAAAAGGCCAGUACCUGCCUAGGAGUCAGCUGUAUAUAGAUGUAAGUCACCAAUCCAGUUCAUAAGCCACUUUGAGUUACAACUCAGGUACCUGAGGUGGGAACAUGGUAAGAAUAAUAGAAGAUACCAAAGUUUAGGUCUUCUAUAGAAUUAAUCUGAAAGGUUUUGAUUGAUGGAAUUGAUUUUAAUAUUUAAUUCUGAACCACAACACUGAUACCUUACAUUCCAUUUCCUAUCCUGGAGAGGAUACAUUUUAAAAGUUGAUCAACUUUGGCCAAGUUACUCUUGCCGAGCUUGUUUCAUGAAUUCUAAAAUGAUAUGUAUCUGAUAAGUUGUUGUAAGAAUUGAACUGGUAAUGUUAAAAGCUUGGCCUAGACCCUGCCUUUGAGCAGACACUAAAAUGACAGCUAUAAACUUUCCCCAAAGAAUUUCAAGCUCUUAUUCUCAUUUUGGCUCUAGGAUAAUUCUUAGAUUGUAUCCCCCCUCUGGUACAACAGUGACAUAUUCAUCUUUAUUACCUCAGUAAUUAAUUGCACUUGUACUUUUAAUUCUGGGACUUACAAGGAUGUACGACUGAUUUUCCUAGUGGGGCAUUUAAAGGAUGUGAAAAAAAACCUUGGCCUUCUCAUUUUUUCAUGCAAUUGAGAAGUAGCCUUCCUGCAGGUUAAAUGUCAUUUCUUAUAACCCCUAAGACUCCUUGAGCUCUGCCAUGUGCAUAGUUGUCAUACAGUAAAUAGUAAAUGGAAAAAUCAUGAACUCUAGCAUAUCACUACAUUGCAACUCAGAGAGCACUGUGCCCUCCUUGCUAUAUCAGCUGGGCAAAGAUACUGUUAGGUACUUGGGAGUCCUCAUUUCAUGGGUCAACUUUUGUUCCAUAUAAAGCUACAGUUUACAAACAAGGACAACCACAUAUGUAUUUGCUCAUGAAAUAAAUCUCGGUGCCAUAAGAA